AUGCAAUCAAAAUUCGGCGGCUUCAUCAAUAAAGCCCGCGAUACCGCAGCGGGCGUAGGCGGCCAGGCGUCCGCGAUGCUCAAGGAAGGCUCAUCUCGGGCUUCUACGGGCGGGACGGGGCUCAUGCAGAGCUUCUCUCUGCCGGGCGAGAGUGCGAAAGCUGCCAAAAUCCUCAAAGGCUUCCUUGCCAAUCCCUCAAACCCGCAAACUGCCAUAAACUCCAUCCCGAAGGCUGUUCUCCUGCGCGCCAAAGGCCUGGCAGUAUUCACCAUCCUCAAGGCUGGCUUCGUAUUCUCAGGCAAAGCCGGCUCAGGGCUCGUCGUUGCUCGUCUGCCGGACGGGAGCUGGUCUGCUCCCAGCUGUAUCGCCACGGCCGGUGUCGGAUGGGGAUUGCAGAUUGGAGCGGAUAUCACCGAGGUCGUCAUUGUGCUGAACUCGGACGAGGCGGUCAAGGCCUUCUCGCGCGGCGGGAACGUCACAGUAGGCGGAGGUAUCUCUGCAGCUGCCGGACCGCUCGGUACAGGUGGUCAGGUAGCCGCAUCGCUCGCCAACCCUGCUGCGAUGUUCAGCUACUCUCGCUCAAAGGGCCUCUUUGCGGGCUUGACGCUGGAUGGGACGAUCCUCGUUGAGCGCAAAGACGCCAACAAGGAAUUCUACGGGAGCGCCAUCUCGUCGACUGAUAUCCUGACCGGAAGAGUGCCGGCCCCGGAGAUCGCUUCCGAAAUGUACGAUAUCAUUGAAGCCGCAGAAGGAAUCGACGAGUCCUCUGUGCCCUCAUCAGCCUACGUCCCGGGCCAAGAAGGGCAGCACCUCCCCGUCAACCCAAACACGGGUGGUCAUGUGGGUACGACCGUCCCGCCCGCUGCGUUCCCAGGCGAGGGAAGCCCAUUGGGGGCCGAUGCCACCAAGCUGCAGGGACCGGGAAGCGGCAACCAGACGCUCUUUGAUGGAAAGUAG